UUCACUUGUAAAAGAGGAAACUAAAUCAGAAAUGUUAUCUGAACAACCAGAAUCAUCGUAUUAUGAGGUUAACAAACUGCUCAAUAUUCCUCUGGAAGUUGAGGUAUCCCCUCAGUCAAUGUCAGAAGUAAUUGCCGAGUUUGAGAGAAUUCAUGAGCCAGUCUCUCAGAAAAUAGUGAAUAGAGAAGAUUUUAUCAUCAUUGACACAAAAGAGUUAUUAAAUGACUUAGUGGCUCAGAUAUUGUCUGGUUCAGAAACAUCUGAAGGGUAAGGAAACUUGAAUUCAUGAUUGCUUGCAAAAACCUAGUCUUAAAAAUCACUUUAAAUAUGAAAUUCCCUUAUGAUUUAAUUUACUGAUCGUAUAGAGAGAUUUGCAUUGGAAUAGACACUGAGAAUGAGUCAGUUUAUAGCUACAAGGGAUAUCUCUGACUGAUACAGUUAUCCACUCUUGAUAGUGACUAUGUCAUUGAUCUCCUAGCCAUUGACGACAAUUCCUUUGUUUCAGAGACAUUAGGAAAGCAGAUCCUUGAAAAUGAUUCUAUCAUCAAAGUAUUACAUGGAGGCACUUCUGAUAAAAUCUGGAUUCAUAGAGAUUUCGGCAUCAAUAUCAAGAAUAUUUUUGACACACAGGAUAUUUAUAGACAAAUUGGAGGAAAAAGACUUGCGCUCAACCAUCUCUGGUCUCUUUUCUGAAAUUUUGAGAUGGAUAAUGAGACCAAGAUAAAGUUUCAGACAAGCAAAUGGUCGCAAAGGCCAAUUCCAAGUGAUAUGCUAUCGUAUGCUGCAAAUGAUUCCAGAUAUUUACUAUCACUGAGAUACAAACUCUUAUGUAUAGCUCUCAACGGGCCAGAUGAGGGGAUUCUUUCAAAAGAGUCCUUUCUUAGAGGGCCAUUGAAGCUAAAGAACUUAACUAAGCUAUACCAGAAGAUGCAAAAGGAAGACCUGCUCAGAAAGCAUCAGCCAAUCACAUUCACAAAACUUCUAUACAAGAUGUGUAAAAGUGACAAAAAGGUGGAUUUAGACACGAUUUUUAGGUUCAAAGCUAUCUACGAAGAAUGUGAUGAAUACUUCAAAGCCAAUGACAUCAAUCCUGACUGCAUUAUUGACUAUAAGCAUUGCUAUCACUGUGCUUCCUUGCCAUCCCAGGCUGAGGAGUUCUGUAAAAGCCUUGAGAAUAUUCCUAUCAGAGAAAGUCUGAAGGAUCAUAGGUCUAAUAUCCUCAGAAUUAUAUCAGAAAUUGCAAUUAAAGAAAUCUCUGAAGAGCACCUCAGCGACGAAUCAAUAAGGAAAAUUCAUGAAGAAUUAGCUAAAAAGCUCAUCUUGGAUGCAGCAGCUAGGGAAAAAGAAGCCAAAAAGAAGAUUGGCAAGCAAGAAAGGAGGCAAAGAGUUAUAGAGAAUUUCUCCCUCAAGAAGCCUAUCUAUGAGAACUGUAUGAUCCUUGCCCCAGACAGCCAAAUUUUAUGCAAGUGUGAUAAGAAGAAAGUUGAGUGGUAUUUAGAAAGAGGUCUUGCAGAGAAAAUUAGUGAUGAGCCACUUACAAUCAAGCUUAAUUUUGAACCAAGUGGAAGAGGCAUCAAGAACUUUAAUGAUGAGAGAGAUGAUGAUGAGUUUUAUGUCGAGGAGAGGAGCAAUAUCUGUGUUGCUUGCGGAAGUGGGGAGAAUUAUGUUAGGCACCAAAUCAUUCCUGCAAAGUUCAGAAUCUUCUUCCCAGAGAAGUACAAAUCUCAUAGAAGCCAUGAUGUCCUCCUGCUGUGUUUUAACUGUAAUGAGAUGGCUAUUAAGAAGCAAGCUGAGCUUGAGCAUGAGCUAUCUGAGAAAUUUAAUGUUCCAAUGAAGGUUCUUAACACAGAAGCUCAGGGAAAAGAAACACUAAAUUUAUUUCUAAGAAAACCUAGAAGCAUAAUUAGAGGAGAAAAGAAGAUUCCAGAAGAAAGACUUCUAGAAAUGUACAAGGAUUGCAUUGAGGAAGCUCGGAAUAUUCUGGAAGGAGAAGUGUUAAAAGAGGAGCAGCAUGAAUCCCUGAAAGAAUUCUUAAGCUCUCUUGAAGAGGAACCGAAAGAAAUAGAUUUCCAGUUCUUAAAAGGCUCUCUCAAAUUCAAACCAAGACAUACAUCAUCUGUUGCUACUAAAAGACAGAACAUUUAUGGAAAGUUGAUCAUUGAGAAGUAUGGCGGAAACGACAAAAUCCCUGAUUUCAUAAUGAUGUGGAGGCAAUUCUUCCUUGAUAAUCUAGAGCCAAAAUACCUACCAAAGAAUUGGUCUGUAGGUCAUUCAAUAGAAAGAGUGUUUGGAGCAAAAUCUCUUUUUUACCACAAGGAAGAUGACUAAUCGUUGUAUGAUUUCAUCCACUAAAAGUCUAAAAUUUGAAUCUA